UCAAAUAUUAUUAUCAAUUAGCGUUAAGAAAUAUCUUGUGAAUUGGGCUGUAUAUGUUACUCAGGAAACUGUUGCUCCUCAGAAUGACAUUUGGAUGUAGAAGGAGAAGAAAGUGGAUCUUUUAGCUGAAAGCACCAGACAAAGCAUCACAUAAUAAUAAUCCAAGUUAAGGAUUAAAGAGCUCAGAAAGUUAACAAUACUUGAGAGCUUUCUUACCUCUUGUUGGUGGUGCCGGCACCUGUCCUCGUUUAGCGGCUGGAGACACGCCCACGACCAAUCGACGAGCGCCCUCAGGCGUGACGUCAGCGGUCCUAGUGGGCCUGGUGGGGACCAACGGGGACCGCGGUGUCCUCCAACAGUUGGGGGUGGGGGAAUCGUGUAAAGUCUGUCCGAUCGGAAUACUAUACUAUACAGAGGUGAUCUAAGCCUAUGCUCCCCAUCGUGAUGCCUAACGUGCAUUUCUGACACGACUUGCUGCCAGCAUCCGAUGUCACUUCUCGGGAUCAGAUCCUCUGGUUAACGUCAUAAGAGGUGCGAAAAUCGCGAGUUACCCUCGAUGUCCCUUUUGUGAUCACCGAUUUUCUUUAAGGGAUGCUUUUUUAUCUUGUCAGUGACUUGUGUUGGUUUAUUUUUUCUUUCAUAAGUGUGUGAUUAGAUAUUAGCAUUGGUUUUUAUUUUAUUUGUUAAUUAAUUAUUGAUGAUUAAAUGCUGGUUUUAAAAGUGUUUGAUAAAGUGGUUUAAGUAUUUUUAUAAAAUAUUUAACCAAGGGGUGUGAUGCCCUGGUUAUCAUGGUUUCGCGUGAGUGAGGAAAGAGGUAAGAGGUGCUCGUUUUAUUCGACACCUUGGAUCAUUAAGAUAAGUGUGUGUCACGAUAAAUUGUUUAAAAAACAGCCCCGAGGAAUAAUCAAUAGCAUUUAUAGUACCGAUAUUGUUAAUUAUUAUUUUUUUUUUUGCAACCCCAAAGUGGCUUGGGCUCUUGACACGUGAUUAUGGUGCAACAAAGAGACACGGCGGUGCCGGUCUCGUACCUGCGUCAUCAUCACUAUCAUCACUAUCACCACUGUCAUCAUCAUCAUCAUCAUCAUAAUCACAACGACGACAGUAGCGAUAUAAGUAACAAUUUUUGUAGCUGUAAUAAUCCCAGUAAUACCACUAGCAAACAUCACAAUGAGAACAAUAAUAAUAUUCCUGAUAGUUAUAAUAAAAAUAAUAAUAAUAGUAAUAUUAGUAAUAAUAAUUACCAGAAAGGACGGAGUUGUUUUUUCAUCUCAAAACGCACCAGACCACCCCCGCGAGUAUUAUUAAUAAUUCUAUUGACACUGUGGUUACCGGCGGGGGUGCUGGCUUGCGGGCCUGGCCGAGGAGGCGGCCGAAGGCCCAUCUUGAGAAAAUCUACCCCCUUAGUUUAUAAACAACAUGUGCCGAAUGUCAGUGAAAACACCCUGACCGCGAGUGGACUCUCCGAAGGACGUAUUUCUAGGCAUGACUCGAGGUUCCGGGAUCUAGUGCCUAAUUAUAAUGUCGAUAUUAUUUUCAAGGAUGAGGAGGGCACUGGAGCUGAUCGACUCAUGACACAGAGAUGUAAAGAGAGACUGAAUACAUUAGCAAUAUCUGUAAUGAAUCAAUGGCCAGGAGUCAAAUUACGCGUCACUGAAGGGUGGGAUGAGGAAGGAAAACACGCAACAGAUUCGCUUCACUACGAAGGACGAGCCGUUGAUGUAACGACAAGUGAUCGAGAUCGUUCCAAGUAUGGAAUGCUUGCAAGGCUCGCUUUUGAAGCUGGCUUCGACUGGGUCUACUACGAAUCCCGAUCUCACAUCCACUGUUCCGUUAAAUCAGAAUCAUCAUCAGUAGGAAAAUCAGGCGGUUGUUUCCCCGGAAAAAGUCUAAUCCGAACAUCAGACGGCAGCCAAAAAGCGCUGUCAGACCUGAAAGUGGGCGAGAAAGUAGCAGCCUUGGACUCUCGCGGCAACGUUGUCUACAGCGAGGUCCUGGCGUUUAUGGACCGCCAGCCAAUGGAGAAGCGACAGUUUAUCAAGCUCACAACAGCAUCCGGGAAACAUUUGACCCUUACACCCGCGCACUUGGUACCGGUCCAGCAGAGCGAUAAGGAGACAGUGACUUUCGCCGCUCGGGUUAAAAUUGGCGACCGUAUCUUGGUCCAGGAUUCUGUUCCAUCAAUUUUAUCUUCUUCUUCUUCUGCAGAAGAGCUCAGAUUACGCUGGGACUCGGUAAUUGAAGCAAAACUAAUCCUUGACAGCGGAGUGUACGCUCCACUCACCAGUGAAGGAACUGUCUUGAUAGACGAUGUUGUCGCUUCUUGCUACGCAGUCGUUGACAGCCAAACUUUGGCCCACUAUGCCUUCAUGCCCUUCAGAGUCUUCCAUUACAUCCAGUCGUCCUUGGAGAGCAUUUACAGCUUCUUUGUGCCCAGCUAUAAUUCAUUUUCUGAAGUUCCGGACGAGAAACUAGAAGAAGACGAGGAUUUGGCUACCAACGAGAUCCAAGACCGCGAAAUCGAGGACUCUGAACCCCAAGGUGUUCAUUGGUACCCGUCUUUCCUUUACAAAAUUUCUGCAUACGUCCUGCCGUCUUCAAUGAUAUACUAAUUAAAAAUUACCUUAUAUUUGACUCGGCAAGGUGACAAUUUAUUUAAUUAAAGGAAUUCAUUAUGUCAAAGAUGUAAUGCUUAAUUUAAAUCAAUCAUUAAGAUAUGAAAAUAAAAAAAAAAUACAAUGAAUUU